UUAACCAUAAAUAAAACAGAGUCGAAUCACAUGAGGGUAAGGGUUCGGAGGUGAACAAAACUAUGGAACCAGAUUCUAAGAAAAAAAUAUCUGAACUAGUUGGUUCAAACUUUCAACGUCGAGCACUUUAAUUUCGAAGAGAUACCAACUAACCUAUCGCCAAAUCGAUAAUCCCAACCUUAAUGUCUUCAUGUUAGUUGAGAUUUGGUUAGCCUGUUUCAAUCUCGAUAAUCAAAUCUAAUCUCUUCAUCUAUUGAUGUAAUAAUUUCCCUUUCCUUUCUCUCAAGUCUCUGCAGAUCUCUCUCUAGUCUCUACCUUCAGCCAUGCCAGGCAUUGUCUCCGUCAAGACACCUCCUGAUGCUCCUCCACUCCGGAUCUCUCUACCCGACCCCCAAACCCGACCCGACCCACCAAGGACCCCCGGCAGCGCCAGCAAGAGACCCGUCCCAUCUGCAUCUCCUUCCCGAUCCAAGCCAUCUCCUACUACUCCAUCGUCAGGGACCCGUCCGGGGAAGAAGCCACCGCCGGAAUCCCCUAACAUGGCCCUCAUUGCUGAAGCUUCUCUCGAUAAUCCGGAUCUCGGGCCCUUCCUCCUCAAGUUCGCCCGCGACACCAUCGCGUCCGGUGAGGGUCCGAGUAAGGCACUCGACUAUGCCGUUCGCGCUGCCAAGUCAUUCGAGAGGUGCGCACAGGACGGUGAACCGAGUCUCGACCUGGCUAUGAGUCUACAUGUGGUUGCCGCAAUUUACUGCAGUCUAGGCCGGUUUGACGAGGCUGUUCCGGUCCUGGAACGCGCGGUUUCGGUGCCUGACGCCACGAGAGGAGCGGAUCACGCCCUUGCUGCGUUUUCUGGACAUAUGCAGCUGGGAGACACCUACUCCAUGCUCGGGCAGGUCGAUCGGUCCAUCCAGUGUUACGAGGAGGGCUUGAAGAUACAGAUCCAGGCACUGGGAGAGACUGAUCCCAGAGUUGGAGAGACCUGCAGGUACUUGGCCGAGGCUCAUGUUCAGGCAAUGGAGUUUGAUAAAGCAGAAGAAUUGUGCAAGAAAACCCUUCAAAUUCAUCGUGCACAUAGCGAACCGGCCUCUCUUGAAGAGGCAGCAGACCGCCGGCUCAUAGCUCUUGUAUGCGAGGCAAAGGGGGAUUACGAGGGAGCUCUUGAGCAUCUUGUUCUUGCCAGCAUGGUUAUGAUUGCGAAUGGGCAAGAGAAUGAGGUUGCUGCUAUAGAUGUCAGCAUCGGCAGUAUUUAUCUUGCUCUAUGUCGAUUUGAUGAGGCCGUCUUUUCUUACCAGAAGGCUCUCACGGUCUUCAAGUCGUCAAAGGGUGACAACCACCCUGUGGUUGGCUCUGUCUUUGUACGCCUUGCUGACCUAUACCACAGGACUGGAAAGCUCCGUGAGUCCAAGUCCUAUUGCGAGAAUGCCCUGAGGUUAUACUCUAAGCCCAUCCCAGGAACCACGGCAGAAGAAAUUGCUGGUGGAUUGACAGAAGUUUCGGCUAUUUAUGAGUCAGUUGAUGAGCCUGAGGAGGCACUGAAAUUGUUGCAGAAAGCAAUGAAAUUGUUGGAGGAUAAACCGGGACAACAUAGCACUAUUGCUGGAAUAGAAGCACGGAUGGGAGUAAUGUACUAUGUACUUGGGAGGUAUGAAGAGGCAAGGAACUCAUUUGAGAGUGCUGUUGCAAAACUCAGAGCCACUGGGGAGAGGAAGUCGGCCUUCUUUGGAGUGGUGUUGAACCAGAUGGGAUUGGCUUGUGUUCAGUUGUUCAAAAUUGAUGAGGCUGCUGAAUUGUUCGAAGAAGCAAGAGCAAUACUGGAACAGGAGUGUGGCCCUUGUCACCAAGAUACCAUUGGAGUAUAUAGCAACCUUGCAGCCACUUAUGAUGCUAUGGGAAGAGUUGAAGAUGCCAUUGAGAUCCUAGAGUAUGUUCUCAAACUGAGAGAAGAAAAGCUUGGCAUUGCAAAUCCUGAUUUUGAAGACGAGAAGAACAGACUUGCCAAGCUUCUGAAAGAAGCGGGGAGGGCGCGAAACAGAAAUGCAAAAUCACUGGAAAAUCUCAUAGACCCCAGCUCAAAGAAGACAAAGAAAGAGUCUACAAAGAGGUGGCCGAGUUUGGGUUUCAGAAGCUGAAUAUCAAACGAUCCCAUUCCGCCCGCCCGGUGCACAUUAUGUAACAUAGAAGAUCUCUGUAUAGUGUGUGUGUCAAAGUUGUAACUUGGUGAGUUUUUCUGUUUUUCUUUCUCUGUCCUUUGUGCUUUUGAAAUGCCAAUUCGUUUCUUUUUGUUAAUUGUUUUAUUUUGACGUUUGUGUUGUUACCUUGAAAUUAUUCACUGAAAUCUGAGCGGAGAAGAGAAAAAGAAUGUUGAAUAUGAGUGAAUAAAAUUCAUGAGAUUGUUUUUGUUUGUUAAA